AUGUCUGUACAAAUGGAAGAGUGGGCACAACAUAUGUGCGAUUCAACAUAUUCUAACAAAUUAAAGCAGGGUAGAAAGAAAAAUGCCUUGUACCCUCCAGGAUUUACACCAUCUGAUAAUGAUGAUGGGAAAAAUGGUGAAGCAGUUAAUCAAAAGCGUACAGUAGUUAAUUUGGAUGCAUUGCAAGUUCAGAAAGCUUGGCAAAUAGCCUUGCAACCUUUGAAAUCAAUUCCAAUGAAUUUCUUCAUGUCCUACAUGUCUGGUACAUCCCUUCAGAUUAUUCCUAUAGUGGCAGCAUUGAUGCUUCUAUCAGGUCCAAUUAAGGCUAUAUUUUCAGUUAAACAGGCAUUCAAACCUGUAUUGGGAAACUCAAACACAAAUUCAACCAUCAGGGGUGCUAUGUUGCUGUAUAUUAUUGGGCAAUGUGCGUUGAUGUAUAUUGGUAUAAGGAAACUGAAUCAAAUGGGUCUAAUUCCAAAUACCGCAAGUGAUUGGUUAGCAUGGGAACAAAAAGUGGAUUAUAAUCAGGAUAUUAAAUCGGUGGUGAUUUAG